AGUCGCGGACGGAGGCUACCGGAAGUCGCUGAGCGCAGCUACGGCGACAGAUUCUUCCGCCGAGCGCGGCGCUGCGUCCCCCGGCUCGGCCCCCAGUCUAGUCCAGAUUUCCUUUCUGGCCGCCGCCCUUCUGCUUCAGGCCUCCCGGAUGCUGGUUUUCCGACCAGUAGUCCCGGCGACGCUGCUUGCCGGCGCUCGGGCAUAAGCCCGGCCUGGACCGUGGAGGCCGGACGCGCCGCCGCCGUGACCCCCGGAACCCGCCCCCGAGCGACACGCACUUCCGGCGGCGCGGCGGUUGGGACGGAACCCGGCGGGCGGUGAUGGAUGCGCUGGCGGUCGUGAUGCAGGACCUCCUGACACAGAACCGUGCGCUGCGCAGGGAGAACAAAGAGCUCAUGGACCAGGUGCGGCGGCUUCUGUGCGAGAAAGCCAACCUGCUGGCCCAGGUGCGCCCGCCCGCCUGCCCGGUGGCUUUCCCCGAGACGUUCAAAGGCGACUCCGCCCGGCUUCCCGAGUUUUUGAUCCAAGCGGCCUCUUACAUGAGGUUCUUUGAGGCCAGGUUCUCGAACGACACCCUCAAGGUGGCGUUUUUAAUCAGCCGCCUCAGUGGGCCGGCCGAGGAGUGGGUUGUUCCCUACAUCGAGAGGGAGAGCCCCAUCCUGGCGCAUUAUGAGGGCUUCGUGGACGCGCUGAAGCGGGCCUUUGGCAGGAACGGGUAGGAAACGGCAGGGCUGCGAGCCCCACGGACCGGGUCGUGCUUGGCCGUGACUCACAAAGAGCUCUUCAGUCCCCCCCCCCCGCCCCACCUGCUGGCCCCGACCCUUGCGAGGAAGCUUCGCUGCCUUUGCACUCGGCCCAGCAACGCGGCCACUGGCGGGGGACCUGUUCGCAAUUGAACGGACCACCCCGAAUCGCGCCCCUGCCAUCUGCCGUCUCUGAAAACUGCUGCUGCCCGCCUUGGAUGAUCUGUGCCAGCCUGGGAAGUGCCUGAGCUUGUCACACGCCCGGGGACACCGAUCUGGAGACCUCAGGUCCGGAGACAGCUGCCAGGGUUCGCGUGGCUGGCAGACAAAUAUUGACACUCCUGCCCCAGGAACGUGUUUUUCACAUCGUUUCUGUUCUGAAACUACAACAGGCUCAGAGACUGUGCCUUUUAUCAGAAAAGUCCAGGCGCUGAACAGUACAUGGAAAACGUAUUUACUUUUAAAAUGUUCAUAUGUAUUUUACGGCACCAUA